GAAGCAAUAGAGUCACACGGAAAGUACACACAGGUUGAGUCGCAGGCAGACGUCGGCCACCGAACGCAUCAUGUCUUCCCCUCUGGAGAAACCGCAGAUCAUCGCUCAUGUGCAGAAGUCCGUCAACUACACCUUGUUCGACUGCAAGUGGAUCCCGUGCAGCGCCAAGUUCGUGUGUGUCGGGAACCUGGCCCGGGGCAGCGGCGUCCUGCAGGUGUAUGAGAUCCAGCAAGGAGAAGCCAAACUGCUCCAAGAGACUGAGAAGCCCAAACCUAUAAAAUGUGGGACGUUUGGAGCGAGCUCAAUGCAGCAGAGAUACCUGGCUACUGGAGAUUUUGGUGGAAACCUUAACAUAUGGAAUCUGGAAGCACCGGAUACUCCCGUUUACUCUGCAAAAGGCCACAAUGAAAUAAUAAACUGCAUCGAUGGGGUGGGCGGAGUGGGCAUCGGGGAUGGAGCUCCCGAAAUAGUAACUGGAAGCCGAGACGGAACGGUUAAGGUUUGGGAUCCCAGGCAAAAAGAUACUCCAGUGGCCAAUAUGGAGCCUGCAGCUGGGGAGGCCAAGCGAGACUGCUGGACAGUGGCAUUUGGCAAUGCCUAUAAUGAGCAGGAGAGGGCUGUGUGCGCCGGAUAUGACAACGGAGACAUUAAACUGUUCGACCUUCGGAACAUGUCGGUGAGAUGGGAGACCAACAUUAAGAAUGGGGUGUGCAGCCUGGAGUUUGACAGAAAGGAUAUCGUCAUGAACAAAUUAGUCGCUACUUCGCUGGAAGGAAAAUUCCAUGUGUUUGACAUGAGGACCCAGCACCCCACCAAAGGCUUUGCGUCUGUCUCAGAAAAGGCUCAUAAAUCCACUGUUUGGCAAGUGCGACAUCUGCCCCAGAACAGAGACGUUUUCAUGACCAGCGGAGGAGCCGGAAAUCUUCACCUUUGGAAAUACGAAUACCCAGCUCAGCGCUCCCGAAAAGACUCCGAUGGCGUAGAUACGGGCGUUGCCGGAUCAGCGAGCCUUUUGCAGAAUGUGACUCUGUCCACCCAGCCGAUCUCUAGCCUGGACUGGAGCCCCGAUAAGAAGGGACUGUGUGUUUGUACCUCGUUUGACCAGACGGUGAGAGUGCUAAUAGUCACCAAGCUGAAUAGACUAUGAGGCCGGUGCCGGGGAGCACAGAACAUACGUUUACAUGGGACCAUGUCAUAUGUGCGUCCAGUUCAUCUGAUCCAAAAGUGACCGGGAGGGACAGACGCAGAGUUAAAGAGAUCAAUCAACCAGGAAAAGAUUUGAAUAUAAAUACCCACUUAUUAUUUGUAAAGAUUCAUUAGGGUAAUGCCAUGUUCCUCUACAGUCUCACGUCAUGUCCUUCCCAGGACACCGUAGCUCAAAUCCAUUCAGCAGCUGGAGGGAUGCGGAUUUCAUACAGUUUAUUGGAACACUGUUGCAUAAAUACAGAUUAUUGGAUAGCCUGCUGUCCUGCUAAAGUCUAUUAGUUUUCCGAUGCCGUAUCCAGUGCAAACUCCAGUCUUGCUCAUAUAGAGGAACAGUGUUGUUGCCACUCAAUGGAUCAUCACUUUGGUUAUGUGAGAACUGUGGGUCCAGCAAAUUCUUGCUAAUGGUGCAGCCUAGAGCCGCAUGGCUCUGCCCCCCUAUAUAACAAUCCAGUCAAUCAAUUGCCAUCAUCCGGAAAGAUUGUUCCUUUCUCUGUGAUUAUAAGUCUUGUGAAACUUGUGUUUCCAUUGUUGUUCCAUGGAGUUCUCAUGUGCGUUCUCUACUCAAAAGUGCCUUCUGCUUCUCCGUCUCCUCCGUGUUGAUUAAUGAAAUAAACCGCGUGUGUUGGCUCAAUGUGUGUAACAGAUCGACUGUAAGCUCUGCGCUUCAACACUGCUUGUUUUUUUUUAA